CAGAAACUUCCACAAACAGGAUAAAGACACUAGUUGCUAUAAUUGUGGCCAGGAAGGACAUUUUGCUAGAGAGUGUCAGAGACAGCAGCAGCAACAACAACAAACCAACGAGAGUAACUGGCAGAGCGCCCCCCCACCGCAAGUAUCACUAUACAAACCGAAACCAGAAUGAAACGAGGCAGGGACAGCUGACACCAAAACAGCGAACAAGCAGUACGUGCUAACUUUUUCUAAACCACAAGAAGCCCCCACCGUUGAUCUCUUCGUGAAUGUCUAUUUUUCCCAGGGUAAAAGCUGCCCUACCCGAACCGAAGGAGGGGGCGCUCCACAAGCUCCUGCCAGGGGACUGGGUGAUCAUCAAAGACCUCCGCCGGAAGCAUUGGCAUCAGCAACGCUGGACAGGUCCGUUCCAGGUGCUCCUGACAACGCAGACAGCGGUGAAAGUCGCUGAACGAUCAACGUGGGUCCACGCCAGCCAUUGCAGAAAAGUGCCCUAUAGCCCGAAGGGAGAUGUAUCGCCCCCUGGAACAACGUAGACGGCUCGGAUGGCCUUGGGACAGUCAGCUUUGGACCCCCAGAGUUCUGACUGUUAUUUUUCUUGGCAGCAUAUUAACUGUGUUUCUCAUCUGGCUCUUAACUGAACUAGAAGAUAUUAAAAAAGAGCCAGAUAUUACAAACCACAGCUACGCUGAAAAUCGCACAGAACUCAGAACAAAAAGAACAUUGCACACAUGGAGUGCAGAACAUGCUCGAAAACAUGCGGACAACGGUUGGUGGGCAAUGCUCAACCAUACUGUACGGAACACUUUGAACAUUACUGAACCUUGUUAUGUAUGCUCCCUUAUGACUCACUCAGCAGAGGAACCUUUUCCCUUGUACCCAGUAGAAGUACCUACUAACACUCUUGGGCCAGCCAUGGCCGUAGUCACAGUUACCCGAGGGGGCAGUUUUGGGCAAAUAGAAUGCAUAAAACAUAUGGAACGUAUAGGGAGUUUAAGUAACCAGCUGAAAAUGAACCUGUUCAGAGGGGCAUUAAACAUAUACACUGGCACUGACAGAGGACGUAACUGCUCAAAGGAGCAUGUUGAUUGCUAUGAUAAUAGUACCCUGCCGUUAUACACUAGCUGGUGUGAGAAACUAGUAGAAAGUCAACAAAAAACAUCGUUGGCCCAAGUUGUUCCCCGAACCGUUCCUUUUACGAAUAAAACUCUCUGUUGGUGCAGGGGUAACUUGACUGAGGGGAAAUAUAUGGGUUUAUCCUGCUGUAGAACAUAUGUGUACUAUGUGAACCAGUCAACCACUGACCUCUUAACCAGACGGGGGUCAGCGGAUUCGACCACCGGGCAGGAUCCCCCAAUGCCCUUAGACACCCUCUCAUUUGGGGAAACCUCUGUACAAGCAGGGCCCAUUAAUCUAGGACCUGGCGAAAAUGGAGCAGGGACAUUUACGAAUCAUUAUUGGGUAUGUGGGCAGGCAGUAUAUGUCAGCCUGCCUAAACAUUGGUUUGGUUGUUGUGUUUUUGUUACUCUUAAUACUACUAUGAAAGUCUUCAAGGUUAAUGAAUCCCACAAAGUACAUAAACGAAGAGAUAAACGUAGCCAGUUUUUCUCUCCUAAUGAUGUUCCUUUAGACUCACGCAGGUCCUCCAAAUGGGAUAAGCUGGGAGGUGCGCUCUUUCCUUGGUUUGGGGUUUCUCAAAAUGCACACGAGAUUGACAAAGUGGCAUAUGAAUUGGAAACAUUGACCAACCUAACCACUGAGGGGUUUCAAAUGAUGCAACCUGAAAUGAGGGCUAUCAGAAUCAUGGUAAUGCAGAAUCGAAUGGUAUUGGACAUGUUAUUAGCUGAGCAAGGAGGUGUUUGCCAUAUGGUAGGUGAACAUUGCUGCACAUACAUACCUGAUGGAGACACAAAUCUAACUGAAGUGGUACAGCAUUUAUCCACACUCCGGGAGAGACUGGUUAGUGAGCAUGCCCAGGAUACUGAUUGGGAUCCUUUUUCCUGGAUCCAGUCUCUACUGGGAGUUUGGGGAACAAGGUUGUUUCACUGGUUUAUAUAUGGCGUAGUGAUAUUGUUGUUGUUUUUGCUUAUCAUAACCUGCGUGAAAAAGUUAUGUACUAAAACUGUUGACACUGUUUUAAACAUGCCCCUGCUUACUAAUGAUGACCAGUGUAGUGAUUCAAAUGAUGACCCUUUCAACAAAAUGGCAGAUGACCUGAUGAGUUAAGAUAGUGGGGAAAAACUGCAAGUGGGAUACGUUGGGUCGUCACUUUGUUCAUAUUACACUACAUGUUAAACUUUGUAAAUCUCGCUUUAACUUGUACUAUUGUGUGUGUUUUUGAAUCCAUUUUCUGAAUAAGGUUGAGACAAAGUCUCAAAAGGGAGGAUAUGUAAUAGAAAUGUUACAGAAAAUAGAACUGACUCGACAUAAUGUACUGGCAUUUUGUACUCCCAUAACCUUGGUCACAUAACCUUGUAUGCUAUGCUAAAGAUAAGGAACUGCAAGAUGCCUACACUGCAGCUGCGGCUGUGAGAAAAAAGGGAUGAGCCAGACGUGUCUUUUUGCACGUAUACCCAAACCACCCAUCCUUUUUAUCUGCUUGCUUAGUUUUAUGCCAAGUAUGCAUAGUUAUAAGUUUUCUCUUAUAUGCUAAUACCUGAAUCAUCAUUGGCUAACCCUCUGCCUUGCUGACAGUUUUAAGGUAUAUAAGAAACUGAUCUAACUCUGUAUGUUGAAACACUGCUCGAUAAUUUUCUAGCACCCUGUGUGUUGAGAGUGUUUUCAGUUUGCAAACUUAAGAAAUAAAGGCCUGUGUGUUUGGAA